AUGACGUCGUUCGCAAACAUGACGCAGUCCCUUGCUGCGAGCUUACCAGCUACAUCCACUUCGGCUACAGGCUCCAGCCACAGCUCUACCGAGCAAGAAGACCCCCUCGCCAUGUCUCAUAUCAUCUGCAAUCUUCUCGAGAAUAUGAACAAACCAUCCAGUCUUCAAGGUGCCUCUGCCUCUUCGUCUUCAACUAUGCCUUACGAUAUCUGGGCAUUGCCUUCCUGUAGUUCGUUACAGAACGCUGCCACGCCUAACGCUCGUGAGUAUGGCUCUGUUUCUAACAAUAAUAAUCAAAGUCACUCCAAAGAGGACAACUCUAGCGGAUCUCCCGGUACCUCGUCGUCUGUUUCAAUUAGCUGUUUCCGUUGUGAAGAGCGCUCUCCAACCACACGUUGCCUUGAAUGCAAUGAUUUGUUUUGUCACGAGUGCUGUCACAAAGUUACUUCAGAUUGCCAGUUAAGAGAGCAUACUCUGCUGCCUAUUCAUCAAAUAUCACCUAUUGGAGCCAGACCUAACUCUGUCACUAAUGAAAAGGAAGUUAUGUAUUGCGAACUUCACGGCGAUCCUGUAAGAUAUUAUUGCGAAGGUUGUAUUAUUUUCAUAUGUCAAGAAUGUACCUUAUGGGUCCAUAAAGAUCAUUGUUACUCUCCUAUUAAAGGUGCCCUUGACAUGUGUAGAAUCGGAGUUUUCAGAGCUAUAGAAGAUACCAAAACUGGCACUAAAGCUAUAAAAACUGCUAUAGAUAGAGCAGUAGCAAUGUCGAAAGCUUAUGAAAAGGAAACUGCAGAAGCCAACAUGAAAAUUCGUAAAGCAAUGCGAUGCUUUGCUCAGGCAAUUGAGGACCGUGAAAAAUAUUUGCUAGACAAGGUUGAGAAGAUGCGUCAAGCAAAGAUGAAUGAAUUGACAGACCACAUGAAUACACUUCGUGGUAUUCUCGCUGGAUUAGCGCAUACCAACGAAACUCUAGUACGCAGUAUGGAUUCUGAAGGCAUUGAUUUAUUCAUGGCCAAAGAAAAAGGAAGAGCACAAGUAGAUUAUUUCUCGUGUAUGUUUAAAAAUAUGUAUGUAACUGAGGAACGUAUUAUGUUUAUACCUCCCAAUUACGAUUUAGUAGAUCAGAUUAAAAGACAAUGUGAUGUCCAAUCUGCUCCAGUAAAUUCCAUGCAUUCUUUGAACUCUUCCUCAUCUCUUCAAUCACGUCAAUCAUUACUACAUUCAUUACAAUCGGCUCAAACAUUUUCACCUUUAUCUUAUCAGAUGUCCACUACAAAUAGCCUAAGGUCAUUACCAGAUUUUACAAAUAGCCAUACACGAUCCACAAACUAUUACGAUCAUAGUAUCCCGACUAGUAUAGCUAUGGACUCAAAUACUUCACGUGGCAUUGGUCAGGCAAUUCCUGGAUAUUGGAUGUCAGUCGCUGUAAAGCCCACAAGAAGCCCAGUGUCUGGUGUUCCCAUGUUUUCAUUUGGUAGAGAGGGUCAAGAUGAAGGUCAAGUGUCCAGACCCUGGGGCUUAUGUGUAGAUAGAGAGGGUAAUAUAAUAGUUGCGGACAGAAGAAAUAAUAGAAUUCAGAUAUUUAAUAGUCGUGGAGAAUUUAGAACAAUGUUUGGCUCUAAAGGAACAGGACCUGGCGAGUUUGAUCUUCCGGCUGGUAUAACGACCGAUACUUAUGGUCGUAUAAUCGUUAUCGAUAAAGAUAACCACAGAGUUCAGAUAUUCACUUCAUCGGGUAAUUUUAUUCUUAAAUUUGGUUCCUUCGGUAAAGAAUGUGGACAAUUUCAGUAUCCGUGGGAUGUAGCCGUUAAUACAUUAGGUAAUAUUGUGGUGACUGACACCCGUAAUCACCGUAUUCAGCUAUUCACUAGUGACGGUACUUACAUUACUAAAUUUGUUUUCGAGGGAGCCAAUCCCGCCAAAAUGCUUAAAGGGCCUACUACACCAAGAGGUGUUUGUUUCACAACUUCAGGAAAUAUUAUUGUCUCUGAUUUUGAGAAUCAUCGGUUGCUUAUGGUAGAUCCAACUUUAUCGAAAGUUCUUCAUUGUGUAGGCCGAGAGGGUUCAGGCAUCGGUGAGCUUAAUCGUCCAUCAGGAAUAGUUACCGAUGACGAUGGUCGAAUCAUUGUAGCCGAUUCUAAGAAUCAUCGUGUGCUUGUAUUUACGUCAGAGCUUCGUAUUUUAUGGGCUGUUGAUCUAAAGAGUCCUGGUCUUGACGAUAAAGAUAGACCGAGCGACGUGGCUCUUACCACUGAGGGUUUCUUAGUUGUAUUAUUUGAGACUUUACCUGAUACCGCUCGCGAUAUAACAUCUCAUGGCAAGCAAUACAUCAAAGUUUAU